AUGGAGUUUGAGGAGAGACUGAAUUGCUAUUCACCACACUCUAAGAAAAAAGAAACUGAAUUGCUAUUCAUAGUCGCGUCCGGCCUUGUCGGUAGGACGCCACCGUGCGCGUCCGGCCUCGCAGAUAAAGCUUAUGAGAAGCAAAGAGUUACUGUGGACCCAUGCACGAAGAGAGAGAAAGCCAUGCAGCCUGAUUGUGGUCCCAAGCUCCCUCAUACAUAUUCUGACACGUGUAGGCAUAGGGACCUGAACACUGAAGUGAUAAAUGUUGCAAGGAGCCCUCAGAGGACAAGUGAACCUAACAUAAGUGGCUUUAGUCCAUUAAGAAGCCAAUCUGAGCAAGAGGAUCAAGCCUCGCUCGAUUUGAGGAGCAGUGUUAAACUUAUUGAUCAUCUUGAGACUAGUCAAUUCCAUGUAGAUAAAGCUUAUGAGAAGCAAAGAGUUACUGUGGACCCAUGCACGAAGAGAGAGAAAGCCAUGCAGCCUGACUAUGGUCCCAAGCUCCCUGAUACAUAUUCUGACACGUGUAGGCAUAGGGACCGUGGAUUGCUCUCACCUAACUCUCAUCUAAUG